GAUGUUAAAGAGGAGACAACAGUGUGGGAGGCUGUGGUGAGAUGGGUGCAGCACAGCAGGGAGGACAGACUGCACCACCUACCCAGCAUCCUCCCUCACAUCCGCUUUAACCUGCUGACCCCGUACAACAUGAUGACCAUCUUGGAUCACCCCCUGGUCAGGGAGGAUCCUGGGAAGUCUGCCGUCAAGAACGUGGUAAAAGAGACUUCCAACGUUAACAUGAAGAGGAGGAUCGGGAUGGACACAAUGGAAAUGGCUCUGAUUUUCUCUGAAAGAACAAACGAGAUGCUGUGGAUGAACCCAGGGGAAGGGAAGUACAUCAGGUGUCAAUACAACAUAUCUCCAGUCGCUGGAACAGUUACUAGUGAUAAUGAUAUCUACGUUCUGUCUGAAGUGUCCAGCAAGAAGCAUUCCCUUUUUAAGUACAACCAUGUCAAGAACAAUUGGGAACGUAAGCAAUCAGUAAGUAGGUUAGACCCAUCGGACGACUCUACACCGACUGACUACCUUAUGGAAGUCGAUGGACAACUUUUUUACCUCACUGUGCUUGACCCUAAAGUGGUGCUGAAGAAGUACAACGAGCACACAAACAAGUGGCACAGCUGUCCCACACCUCAGCAUGAUGGGUGGUUGGAAUGGACUGUGGCGGUGUCCUGCAAUCAGCACAUCUAUCUCCUUACACCAGCAGAGAUACAUUGUUACGACCCAAGAGAGAAUCACUGGUGCAAGAAAACCCAGUCAGAUUACUCAGAACGCAGUUAGGUAUUACACGGAUAACGCUGUUGCCAUUGGAACAGAGAUCUUCUGCACUGACUCUGACCUAGACAAGACAUGGGUGUACGACACAGAGGCCGACAGCUGGUCUGAGUUUCCAGGGUGGCUGAAGGCAGAUAUAGGAAUAGAUUACAUCACUCUAUUUGUAAUCCAAAACACGCUGCAUGCAGUGGCAGAUGGCUGGAUGGAAGGGACUUCUGCUGAGUCAAGAAAAGCCCAGCGAGUGUUUGUGUAUGACAGGUCUGAACGUGUUUGGAGAGAGUUGUCUUUCUUGCCUAAAGGACGUUGGUAUAUGAAUGAUCCAAUGUUCCCAGUGGCUCGUAUGUACCUGCCGUAUCUGAACACACAAGGUGCAGCUGGCACAAAUGGUGUAUAAUGUCAACUCUUACUAUCUUAGAUUUGUUGGAUGAUGAUGCUACCAAUAAAGUUCAAGGUUUUUGCCGGUUGGUGUAGUUCAGUAAUAGCUUUUCUUACUAAACAUUCCAUUUCUUGUACAUCUGGAAAAAGUCAGUGAGAUUUAGCACAGUUUCGGAUGAUUUUAAUAACGGCAGUGUUACGAUUUUACUGACGUUAAUUCGUGACAGCCUUUUCUGUGACAACAUGAGUGCCGUGAGCCAUGAAACUUUGGUCAUGGUUUUGUUUUCAUGGUUUUUGCUUUGAUGUUCCACUGCAAGUUCAUGGUGCCAUGACUAUGACAAAUUAUGUCUCCCUUGUGCAAGUACUCACUGCAGAAUUCCUUUGACUUUUUUCCAUGCUGUUAGUUUUUUAGGGAAUAGGCAGCUUUGCCAUUAACUUGAGUCUAACGAAUGUUCUGCAUUCUUGUAUUUUUCUUAAAUUUAGUUUACAUACUUGUUUUUUCCUCUCUUAUAUCUUAGCCUCAUUACAGUACAUAUUCAUGUUGUUCCUCAAUGAGUAACUGCCUUUUCUGUUAGUGUGAGUCAAACACCAUUGUAUACCAAGUGAAUUUCUUCUGCACAUUUUAGUGGAGUUAUGAGAUUAUAAAGUUUCUUG